AGGAUAUAAUAAAAAUAAUCAUGAAGGGAAGCAUUCUUAAUAUUCUAUGCUUGAUAGUCUCAUUUAUAUCGCUAACUAAGGGGCAGAGCGGGAAGCUUUUAAAACAUAGGAAUUCCUCAAGAAGUAUUCUCAACAGCACAAUUCUCCUAGUAGACUUGCUGUUUGAUAUAGACUUUGAAUCAAGAAUCACAGUCCAUAAUGAAUCGACCAAAGUAAAUAGGAAUACUAUCUUGGAGAAAUCUAAAAAUUAUGCCAUUGACCAGUGUUACGCUGCUAUUAACAGCUACACAAAAUAUAUGAGACAAGAUCCUUACAAGAAGAUGCAGCUGUAUUCCUUUUCGGAUAUAGCAGAUGUCGGAGAUUAUUCAGGAUGCCAAGAAAUCACCAGCCACGCUGAAUGGAAUUACAUUAACGUAAAUUUAACAAAAUUGCCUGUAGACGUCCGGUUUGGUCUUUGAUUUCCUAAAGAAUGUACACAAGUAAUGAUGAACCAAGCUGCUGACCCUUUAUCAGCCAUAACCUUUAAAUUAGUCCAAACUAUUGGAUGGAUAACUGAUAUUGAGUUUAUCAGGAAACAGAGACUAGGGGCUGAGGUCUCCUUUAUUCAACCUAAAGCCUGGAGAGAAACUCAGAUUCAAAAUAAAUCAAUAGGAGCCAUAGCUGUCUUGGCUCUUAUGAGUCUCUAUGCAGGUCUUGUUAUCUCAUUUAGUCUUUUACUACACUGGCAAAGACCGAAUAAAAAUAGUUGGGAAAAUAAGAAAUAUGUUCCAAACGAGAAAGAGAGCUUUCUAAGCGGAGGUGGUUAUUACACAGGGAAUACAACACCUAGUGAUUACUAUGACAGCAUUAGAGAUCCUAUAAAUUUCCCCAACGAUAGUCGUGAAGUGAGCCAAACUGAUCCUUUCAUCUUAGGAUUUUCUCCUAGGAAGCAGUCAGCUCCAAUGCAUCAGAUACCUACAAAGUACGUCAGUAUCACUCCUAGGAGUGAUAAUGUGACUACUGAAGAAUCGACAGAUAUGUCUGCUCAAAAAGAUCAUAAGAAAUCUCAAAUUAUUGUCCGCAAUAAAUUUAAAGGAUCAUUCUGGGAGAACAUAAUCAACUGCUUCUCAAUACAAAGGAAUAUAACUUCUUUGCACACGCCGAUAAAUAAGUUUAAGGAGGAUGAGGAUCUAGCCUUCAUUGAUGGCAUGAGGGUCCUGACUAUGCUCUGGGUGAUCCUUGCCCUGACUGCAGUUUAUACACUGAUAAGUAAUCUCAGUGACCCAAUUAUGAUCUUUGUCUACUUCCAGGGAUACCCAUUUGCCUUCCUAGCUGGCUGUUUCAUUACACCUGAAUUAUUCGUGUUUUACAUAUUUUUCCUAGGAUUCAUUUAUAUGGCAAGGUUUUAUGAUCUCAAUGGUGGGAUUGGUUUCACAGACUACAUCAGGUUCUACAUCCACAGGUUCUUAAAGCUAGCUCCAAUGUAUUAUCUUGUUUUCUUCUUCAGUUGGUUCUUAUACCCUCUGAUAUUUACCAACCCAGGCUGGUUUGUAUCAGAGAGAUUCUCGAAAAAUUGAGAGGAAGAAUGGCCAUUUGUGUUAACUUUUCUAAACAAUUUCAUCCCGUUCUUCACACAAGCUCUGAACGGAUGCUAUUAUUGGCCAUAUGUCAUCCCAAAUGACAUGAUUCUACACUUGUUCUUCCCUUUCUUAGUGAUACUGUACAAGAAAAGGAGAACAUUAUUCUAUAUCACCAAUAUUGCACUGCUGGUCGGUGGAUGCUUACUUGACUUCUAUAUAACGAUUAAGAACAGAUUAAGAGUAGGGAUUCUUACGUUUGAGGAUUAUUACCUCUAUUCUUGAUUUUACAACAAGCCUUAUACUAAGUUGCCUAUACUGGCAUGAGGGAUGGGCAUGGGAGCGUUUUAUUUACGACUAAUCAAGUACAAACAGGCUUCUGAUGAAGACCAGAAGAAGAAGUUCCCUUUGAUUCAUUUCAUGAACAAUUCAUUACUCUUUGCUAUUUUUUUGUAUGCUUAUGCCUUCUGAGUGAUAAACUUUAUCAAUAUUAUCCAAGUCUCUUCGAACCGUAAUGGAUAUAGCUGGGGAAUGAACCAAAAUGGUAUCUUCUUCGCUCUUAGUAGAUUUGGAUAUAUUAGUGGCAUAAUGGCUAUUAUUUUAAACAUUCUAACAGGAAAAGGAAGGUACAUAAAAGUCCUUCUCUCGAACUACCUCUGGAGACCCUUAGCCCGUUUAAACUUCACUGCCUACCUAAUAUUCCCCUUAGUAAUCGGAGCUGCUAUUUUCAACACUAAAACGAGCUUGUACGUGACUUACAUCAGUAUAAUCCCAUCAAUGUUCUCUUGUAUCAUUCUGACCUAUACAUUCGCCUUAUUCGCAUUCCUACUAUUCGAAAAACCGAUGGAAAACCUGAAGAACUACAUAAAAUUCCUGAUUUUCGGUGACGAAUCUCUUCUGUUCGACCCAAAUAAAAAUAAGCUAGAGACUUUGUCACAGAGCGUUACAGUGGAAGACCUUGCCAAGAAGAAAAUGUAGGCGGGAUUUAAGAGGAUUUUU